AUGUCGACACAGACCGAAACGAUGACUGACUCGAGGGAGCUUGAAUUCCGGGACGCUCCCCCCGAACUGCCUCGAGACAAGGAUCUAAGAGUACAGCAACUCCUGGUCAUCGGAGCCGGGUUCACCAUCAUGCUAACGACCAACGCCCUCAUCUUCUCCGCCGGAGUCUACCAGGCGCUCUACGAGGAAAUGGCCAGCGAGCCGGACAACCCCUUCACAGGCGCAUCGUCCGCGCUGAUCGGGCUCAUCGGCACCCUGGCCAUCGGGCUGAUGUCCAUGACCGGGCCCUUCGUCAUGAUGUGGAUCAAGCUCUACCAACCACAAGCCGUGGUCGCCGUCGCGGGCGUCAUCUUCGGGGUCACCUACAUCCUGGCGAGCGUGAGCCGCACCCUGUGGCAAUUCGCGCUCACGCAGGGCGUGCUGGUCGGCAUCAGCGUGUCCAUGUCAUACAUCCCGGCGACCACGACCGCACCGACGUGGUUCAACGAACGCCGCAGCCUGGCGAUGGGGAUCGUCAUCUCCGGCAGCGCAGUCGGGGGCAUGAUCUGGCCGUCCAUCCUGACCGCCAUGAUCAACCACAUGGGCUUCCGCAACGCGCUCCGCGUGUCCGGCGCCAUCUGCGCCCUGGCCAUCAUCCUCGUCUCGCCCGCCGUGCAAUGGGAACCCAACUUCAACCAGCAGAUCCUCGCCGAACGCCAGGCCCUGCUUCAGCGCGCCGGCAGCGGCUCUCCCUACCGCGCGCUCCUCCAGCCCCCGCUCAUCAACUGGCGCCUGACCCUCACCAAGAAAUUCCUCCUCAAAGCCGCAGGCUGCAUGCUGCAGUCCGCCGCCUACUCGACCCCCCUCAUCUACUACGCCGCCUUCGGCCGCGCGCUGGGCUACUCCGCCAGCACGGCCGCGAACUUCAUCACCAUCAGCAACGCGUCCAACGCCGUCGCGCGCGUCGCACUGGGCUACGCGGCCGACCAGUACGGGCGCAUGAACCUGCUCUUCGGGACCACCUUCCUCAGCGCCGUCGCCGUCGCCGCCUUCUGGGUGCCCGCCACGGUCGCGGGCGCCACCGCCGCCGGGAAGGCGCUGUUCAUCGUGUUCACGGUGCUGUACGGCGCGUUCGCGAGCGCCUACAUCGCGCUGUUCCCGGCCUCGCUGAUGGAGUUGUUUGGCAAGAAGGACUUCACCAGCGUCAAUGGCGCCCUGUAUCUGGUGCGCGGGCUGGGCGCGCUGCUGGGCACCCCGCUGACGGGGCUGUUGAUCCCGCAGAGCCGCGCGCUGGCGGCGCCCGAGGUGUACGAGCGGGCCGCGCUCGUGGUGAUGGCGCUGCUAUUUCCGGCCAGCUUUUGUAUUCUGGGGGUGCGGUUGGAGAUGACGGCGGGGAAGGAUUGGAGGUGGAAGGUUUGA